UAGAAUGAAUAUUGCCUUGCGUGAUCUUUGUGCUAAUCCUUUUUAAAAUUGCGCGGGAAGAAUCCCCGCGUGAGUUAUAAAACGAUACGCGCGCCACGCCGGAUCAUCAAGCUGCGAGCCUCUCGUGCUUAAUACUAGUCACUAAUUAAGUGCUUAAGCUAGUGCUUAACACUAGCUAGCUAAUUGCUCAUCAUUGAUCAAGCGAAGAAGAAGAUGAUGGCGUCACCGGCAUCCAAGCGCGCCGCCGUCGUCUUGCUCGUCGUGGUUGCUUCUGUGAUGAUGGCGACGCCGUCGGAAGCGAUGAGACCGAGGAGGAAGGCAGCCGCCGCCUUGGUCUCGUCGGAGGCCCGCGUCCUCCGCUUCCCCGGCUUCCCGGGAAGCCGCCAGCGCUUCCCGGGGUUCCCCGGAGCCAGGCCGUCGCCGCGCGCGGCGCCGCCGAAGCCAUCACCGCCGCCGUCGUCGUCGUCAGUCCCCGCCCUGCCACUGUCUCCACCCGCCGGCGGCUCGCUGCCGCCGCCGUGCGGGAGGUCGUCGCAGACGACGCCGCCGGGCACCUUGAUCCCGGGCAUGCCGGGCAGCGGCGGCGGCGGUUCGUCGCCGACGGACUGCGUGACGUCGCUGGCGGGGCUGACGACGUGCGCGUCGUUCCUGACGGGGGCGGAGGCGGAGACCCCGACGCCGGCGAGCGAGUGCUGCGGCGGGCUGGGGAUGUUCCUGAACAGCACGGCGGCGGCGGCGGAGGGUGACCGGACGUUGAGGUGCCUGUGCCCGGUGAUCCUCGGCGACGUCAACCGGAUGCUGCCCAAGCCGGUGGAUCCCGUGCGGAUGAUGUACCUCCCCAUCGCCUGCGGCCUCGUCCUCCCGCCUCAAGUCCUCUUCAUCUGCUUCACCGGGCAGCCUAACCCACCGGUGCUCUCGCGUGUUCCUGUCUCCUGGUCGACGCUCUCUUCAGCAAUGUCGCCUUGAUGGUUCACGAUAAGAUCGAUUCAAAGGUUACUGAUGAUUCAGUGUCUCACUUUAAGCUUACAAAGCUGUUGUUGGUCUUGAGUGUUGUGUUUUCAGAAACAGCUGAGCCUGUACUUCAGUAAACCACAGAGUUAGCUACCAUACUGCUAUAUAACCACAUAAGAUUGGUUGGUACAUCAUGCGUGGUGUAAGAGCUUAUUUCUUAUUUAUAGGGAAAAAAUAUGUAAGUCAUUUCAUCAAAUAUUCUUUCUCCACAACUAAAGAGUGUGAAAUUU